UGGCCCCUGGGACCCAGUGUGCUGGUGGGCAGCUGCUUGGCCACGCCCACUGUGAGUUGCUCAGCCUCCCAGGCACCGCCCUGCCCCCACCCCUCACCCCCUCCCAGCGCUCUCAGGGGCCAGCCUAGACCUAUGACCCAGGGCGUUUAGAGGUCAGUCUCAGAGGGAGCCUGGACACUCUGGGCUCCAGAUCCAGGCAUCUCUCCAGCCACACCCCGGACCCUGGGCCAGGGGGACACCUGUGAACCCUCGUGGAGCCCUGUAGGCAGAGGGGAGCUGCAGGGCCCUGUGCCCCCCACCCCUGCCCUGUGAAGACCCUGCAGAAGCAGCGGCUGGAAGCACAGGGCGCCUCCUAAGGGAUGCAGACAUUCGUCCUCUAAGUUUGUUGUUCCUUCCUUCUUCUCUUCUCCUCUUCACACCGCUCUGGUCUCGUCUGUUCCCUACUUGAUAUCCAUCUACCCAGACCGGGACACACCCAGCCAAGGGCCAAGGCGGAAGGGGUGGAAAGGAACUGGGUGAUCUGGAAUCACCAAAGGGAUUAUCUUCUUAUCAAGCUCCUCCCAGGGGCCAGCCCAGAUCAACAGACUCAGGACAUUGAAGAUCAGCCCCAGAGGGAACCUGGACACUUCUAGGGCUCCAGACACAGGCAUCUCGCUGGCCACAGCCUGGACCGUGGGAGAGGGGACUCCUGUGAUCCCACCUGGAGCCCUGCAGGCAGAGGGUGGCACCAGGAUGGCUGACUCCACAUCCUCCGUGCCCCCUUGCCCUGUGAAGACCCUGAAGAAGCAGUGGCUGGAAGUACUGGGCGCCAUGCACUAUGUGCUUGCUUUCGUGGUCCUAGGUCCUUUCUCCAUUGUUCUUCUCCUCUUCCUCCUCUUCACAAGGCUCUGGUCUCUGUCUGUUUUCUAUAUGUUGUGGAUCUACCUGGACAGGGACACACCCAGCCAAGGGGGAAGGCGGUGUGAGUGGACACGGCACUGGAGGAUUUGGAAAUAUCAACGAGAUUACUUUCCUAUCAAGCUGGUGAAGACGGCAGAGCUGCCCCCCAGCCAGAACUACGUGCUGGGGGCCCACCCCCACGGCAUCAUGAGCACUGCGCCCUUCUGUAAUUUCCUUACUGAGUGCAAUGACUUCUCCCAGCGCUUCCCAGGGCUGCAGCCCUGGGUAGCCACACUGGCCGGCAUCUUCUACGUUCCCGUGUUCCGGGACUACAUUAUGCUGAGUGGACUGCGUCCCGCGAGCCGUCACAGCCUGGACUUUGUGCUGUCUCAGCCCCAGCGGGGCCAGGUGGUGGUCAUUGUCAUCGGGGGCGUCCAGGAGUCCCUGUACACGGCCCCAGGGCGGCACUGCCUGGAACUCCUGAAUCGAAAAGGCUUUGUGCGCCUGGCGCUGAGGCAUGGGGCCCCCCUGGUGCCUGUGUACUCCUUUGGGGAGAAUGAUUCCUUCAAAAGUAAGACUUUCGCCAAAGGCUCCUGGCAGUACCUGUGCCAGGUCACCUACAAGAAGGUCACUGGUUUGCCUUUGUGCUUCUGCUGGGGCCGUGGUCUCUUCUCGCCCAACUCCUGGGGUCUGCUGCCCCUGCCCAUGCCCAUCACCACCGUGGUGGGCGGCCCCAUCCCCGUGCCCCAGUGCAGCAGCCCCAGCGAGGAGCAAGUUGACCACUACCACAGGCUCUACAUGGACGCCCUGGAGCGGCUGUUUGAGGAGCACAAGGAGAGCUGUGGGGUCCCUGCCUCCACCCACCUCACUUUCUUGUAGGCUUGGUUCAGCCUCCCUGCUGAACCCCUGAGCCCCAUGCACUGAGACCCCCAGCUCCUGCCUUGCCCCGCCCCUCCUAUAAAAAUCCAUUCUGCCAGUGAGCAGGGCAGGUACAAGCCACCCAGCCUUAUUCUCUCCCCCUCCACCCAACCUGUCUGAUAAGUCCUUGUCUGGCCUUUGGAUGCAAAACCCUGAGCCCAGCCUUUGCGGAUCUGUGCUCAGGACGGACUGUGGCGCUGGGACAGGAGUAAAAGGAGCUGCUGUGGCCAGGCGGGUGCGCCCACACCGCGCUGCAAGGAGCCUCGUGGGCGCCUGCCUGAAACUCGGCCGCACCCCUGCACCCGUGGGGCCUCUCCAGGUUUGGGAGAAGGAGCUCUUGAAGCAGUGCCCGAACCCUCCAUGCUGCUGGCUGUGCUGCGCGCCACGAAGUGCUGGGCCACCACAGUUCCCAGGCCGCCUGUGCCCCCUGCUGCCCUUCCAUGCCCAUCCACUACACCAGUGAGCCCCAGAGUGGCCCUUCAGCUCAAGCAGUGUCCCAGGAGCCAGGCGGGGUCCCCGUUGUGCGCUGGCCGGACAGGUCCCCGAGGUGGUCCUCAAGCCUUGCUCUCCCGAGUGGUCCUUUGGCUACUGCCCCAGCGCUGAACUCUGGCCCCGCCUCUCCUGGCUGCAGGAAGGGGCUGCUGUGGUCCCUGCAGCGGCUGCGGUGACCUCUGUGCAGAGAUGCGCGCGUACAGGGGCUGUAGGCAGCUGUGUGAGGAGGCUGGGGCGCUCUACCGCCUCCCUGUGGACAGGCAUCUCCUCCUCACCUAGCCUGGUCGGAGUCUGGCCCCAAUGGGAACCUUCCAUGCUGGGGGCAGAUGUGGGGGGUGGAGAGGGCCUGGAGGUGAGAGUGCAAAUUAAAAGGUGGAAAGAGA